GAACGGCCUUAGACCGCCCUCGUGCUCGGCUCGCUAUUUUAGAUGGUCGAUUUGUUACUCGCAAGCAAGCAAGUAGUAGACAUUGAGGAAUAGGGCUACCGUCUUACACACCCUCCUCGCCAGCCAUUUUCGCCCGUCCAAGCAGCCAUGAAUUCCUCGUCGCCGUUGGCAGCGAUGCGCGCCUCUCCGGCCGGGAACUGGGGACAGCUUCCGCACUCCCGCUUGCAAGCCGGAAACGCCUUCAGCCUCCGUGAGCAAUUGCAACGGCCCAAGCCCGACUACUUCAAUCUGAAGUCGAUCCGUGGCUCGUCUCCCGCCGCCAGCCUGGCUGCGGAUCUCUCACAGAAUUUCCGCAUCGAUAACGAGGAGAGCCCUCGAUUUCCCACACCGCGCCGGGCCCUCUUCACCUCCAACAUGAUGGAGGCCAUGGAGAAUCGCGGCUAUGCUACCACACCCCCGCUGCCAGCUACCUCCUCGCCCGCACCCAUGAGUGAUGCGAUGGAUAUUUCUCCCUUGCCCCAGAAACAGGCGUUCUACGGCACCACUGAGAUUACCUCGCCUACUCCUCUCGGAUCGCCUGACGACGACAUGAUGAUGGAAUCCCCCAUCCCCGCACCACGCCAUGCUUUGGGCUUGCUUGACAACCGUAGACGUCCUGGGAUGCGUCGGCCGUCGUUGACACGCACCAAGGGUCACUCUACGAACGGUCUUCUUGCUCGCAUACAGCAGGAGAACCAGGCGCCGUCUUUCCGUCUCGGAGGUGAUUCUCGUGUCGGAUCCAAUUCUGCGACGCUAUCGCCCAGCGAAUGCUUCGGCUCCUCCCCGCUGCAAGACCGACGACCGCAGUCCGCCAACAGCCCUACCCCCCCAGGCGCGUCGCGGUCGAAAGGACAAUUCGCGAGCCUCACCGGCAGCCGGGACAUUAGCAGCGGGUCGCCCGUCGCCAACCACACGCGCAAACUGGCCAACCCAUUCGCCCGAAAUCGCCGUCCCUACCGACGAUCGCUCAGCAUGUUCGAUAACCCCAAUGAUGUCGUCAACGCCGCUGCCGACGAUGUUUUCCCCCAUAGCAAUCUGCAAUCUGUCGUGGACGUGGAGGAGCCGCAGGACCCUGUCUUGCCGCAUUUCUACCCCGACGGCGAGAGCGACAAUAUCCCUCGCAUCUCCCGGGCCACGUUCCUUGACGUGCUCGAUGGCAAGUUCAACGAGUACUACACGCAGAAGAUGGUCAUCGAUUGCCGCUUCGAGUACGAGUAUGAUGGAGGCCAUAUCGAUGCUGCCAUCAACUACAACGACAAGGAGCUGCUAGCGCGACAUCUGUUCGAGAACCCAAUGGAUGGCCGGACGCUUCUCGUCUUCCAUUGCGAGUACUCGGCCUGCCGUGCGCCCAUGAUGGCCCGUCACAUCCGCGCGUCCGAUCGGAUGAUUAACGCUGAGUUCUACCCGAGGCUGACGUACCCCGAGGUGUACAUCCUCGAUGGCGGAUACAGCGAGUUCUUCAUCGAGCACCGCGAUCGAUGCUACCCCCAAGCCUAUGUUGCCAUGGGCGCCGAAGAGCAUGCCAACACGUGCGAGCGCGAAUUGGGCAAGCUGCAGCAGAAGCGCAAGGGACUGAACCGGGCCAAGACGUUCGCCUUUGGCCAUCGCGACUCCAUGAUCGAGGACUCGCCCACCGGCCCCGAGAGAUACCACGAGCAGCCGUCGCCGGGCAUGAUGAUUGGUAACUCGCCCAUCCUGGGCAACAACCGCUCGCCUGCCCGUCGGAUGGCCUCGUACUAGAGCCCUAGCGGGCUUUCGAGACUGACACACCGUUAAUCUCACGACCAUUCGCGACCUGCGUUUAAUUCGUUUAGUCUUAUAUCCGCUCGUCUCGUCGAGCUCGUCGUCGCACCGACACUGUUUUUAUUAUACCCAUGUUUGUUUUCUUUUCCUUUUCAGCAUUAGACAGGCAUU